AUGCGCACUUCGAAUGUCAUGCUCUCGAAGGGCGCCGCCUUCAUGAGGCGCCCCCAAUCCCUUUACCGAUUCAAAGAUGUCGCCAGGCCUCAGUUAUUUGCGGCCUCUGCCCUUGCCCGGUAUUAUGCCUCGAAGUCCUUCCCUCCACACACAAUAAUUAGCAUGCCCGCGCUGUCUCCUACAAUGACUGCUGGAAACAUCGGGACCUGGCAGAAGAAGGCUGGCGACGCCUUGAGCCCCGGUGACGUUCUCGUCGAAAUUGAAACCGAUAAGGCGCAAAUGGACUUUGAAUUCCAAGAGGAGGGUGUUUUGGCCAAGGUCUUGAAGGACGCCGGUGAGAAGGAUGUUUCCGUGGGAAGCCCAAUCGCCGUUUUGGUUGAAGAAGGUGCCGACGUCUCCGCCUUUGAAUCCUUCACCGUGGAAGAUGCUGGCGGUGAGAAAGCCCCCGCUGCUCCAGCUGAAAAGGCUAAGGAGGAAGCACCCAAGCCUGCCCCUUCGGAAACUCAGGACAAGCCUGAAGCCGUUGAACCAGAGGUUACCGGAGAGCGACUACAGCCAGCUUUGGACCGUGAGCCCCAGAUUAGCCCUGCCGCCAAGACCCUUGCUCUUGAGAAAGGCAUUCCUAUUAAGGCUCUCAAGGGUACUGGCCGUGGUGGACAGAUUACCAAGGAAGAUGUUGAGAAAUACAAGCCUGAAGUAUCAGCCGCCGCCGGACCUACUUACGAAGAUAUUCCUUUGACUUCCAUGCGCAAGACUAUUGCUUCAAGACUGCAAAAGUCGACGCAAGAGAACCCCCAUUACUUUGUUUCCGCUACAUUGUCCGUCAGCAAACUCCUAAAGCUUCGCCAGGCGCUCAAUGCCUCCGCUGACGGCAAGUACAAACUUUCCGUUAACGACUUCCUUGUCAAGGCCUGCUCUAUUGCCCUUCUCAAAGUCCCGGCUGUCAACUCCAGCUGGACUGAGGUCAACGGACAGCCUGUCAUCCGCCAGUACAGCAACACCGACAUCAGCGUUGCUGUCGCUACGCCCUCCGGACUCAUCACCCCUAUCGUUAAGAAUGCACAGGGCCUGGGUCUCUCCAGCAUCUCCAACCAGAUCAAAGAUCUCGGUAAGCGAGCUCGUGACAACAAAUUGAAGCCUGAGGAGUACCAAGGUGGCACUUUCACCAUCAGCAACUUGGGCAUGAACACCGCUGUUGAACGAUUCACCGCAGUCAUCAACCCACCUCAAGCUGCCAUUCUUGCCGUUGGUACCACUCGCAAGGUUGCUGUCCCUGUUGAGACCGAGGAAGGUACCUCAGUUGAGUGGGAUGACCAGAUCACCGUUACCGCAAGCUUCGACCACAGAGUCGUUGACGGAGCUGUUGGUGGAGAAUGGAUCAAGGAGCUGAAAAAGGCUGUUGAGAACCCAUUGGAGCUCAUGUUGUAA